AAAAAAAAAACUUUUUAAAAAUGGGUUUUCUCAAAUCCCUUAAUCAUCAUCAUCUUCUUCAUGCUCAAUAACAUUUUCAUAAUCAAAUUCCUUUCAUUUCUUGGACUCAUAGCCAUUUUUUUACUCUUUUAUUCGAUUCUCACAGUACCAGAUCCAAUGCAGAAUGUACAACUUAACGAAGCAGACACCAACAAAACUGAAGUUUAUUCAGUUUGGGCGAUUCCAUCGGAAGAUGUCAGUGUUAGGGUUAAGAAAUUGAUGGGUGGACUUAGAUCGGAAUUUGGUGGGCCCCAAUUUGAACCUCACGUGACAGUCGUCGGAGCGGUGAGGUUAACGGAGGAGGAGGCACGUGACAAGUUUAGAAAAGGGUGUGAAGGGGUGAAGAAGGUGUAUAGUGUUACUGUGGAGAAAGUUGAUAUUGGGACUUUUUUUUAUCAAUGCGUUUAUCUUUUGCUUCAUCCAACUAAUGAGGUUGUGGAGGCUAGUGCACGCUGCUGCAGCAGCUUUGGUUACAACAGCUCAAGUCCAUAUAUGCCUCAUAUGAGCAUUCUUUAUGCCGAUUUGACGGAUGAAGAAAAGAAGAAAGCUCAAGAGAAGGCUUAUAUCCUUGAUGAGAGCAUUGACAACUUGAGCUUCCAGAUAUCACGCCUUGCAUUGUACAAAACAGACACCGAAGACAAAAGCCUCAAAUCAUGGGAGAAGAUUGAAGAGUACAAUCUCAGCUAGCACUAACUAGUUCUAACGACACUGUUAACUCUCCACGAGCGGAAACUCUUUGCUCAAGAAAAUGUGGUGUACCUUAUCUUUACCUUAAUUUUCAUUGCCAGCAACUUUCAAGUCUUUUUCAUGUCUUAUACAUGAGAACUGUGCUGUUGGGGCUUCCUUUUUCUGUAUAUUUUGGGUUUUUGCAAAACUUCCAGGAGUUAUUAAUUACACAACCAUAUAAAGCGUUGCAAUUGCCA